GGCCGUCAGUAGUUUGGACUUGUUUCCUGCGAGUUCCAAGACAUCGACGUUAAUGUCAGCUAGUUGUGCUAGCUUUCCAUGCAUUUAAGUCCAAUAUUUCUUUCAGCAGAAAGCACCAUGCCGUACUUGGUGUUUAUGCAGGGCUUACGACGUGUGAAGGUGUCGGUGUGGUGUCUUAUGGUUGUUUAAAAGCUAUUCUUCUGGAGCAAACGACGGGGAGAUUAGCCAGAUGAAAAGCUUUAGCUUGCGACUCCUUGUUGCUAGGCAACGGAAGUCGCCUGUGGCUGGCUGAGCUAAAGCCUGUAAUUACAUUAGUGUGGCAAAGUUACUCAUCACCUUUUGCUUAUCUUUAGGCAACCUUCUCGUCUUGUGUGUGAGAUAUUUGAUUCUCAGUAAGUUCUCAUCUCUAUAUUAAGACCCGAGUAAGCAUCAUGCUGGUCCCCAUAUUCACUCUGAAGCUGAACCACAAGAUUAACCCUCGCAUGGUGACUAUUGGACAGUUUGAUGGGGUUCAUCCAUGCCUUACUGCCGCCACGCAGGCUGGAAAGGUUUUCAUUCACAACCCCCACACCCGUGGCCAGAGACCUGUGGCUCACCGACUGAGCCAGAGUGCCCAAGACUCUGACAUUUCUCUGCUCAACAUCAAUCAGGCAGUCACCUGUUUGGCUGCAGGAAGACUGGGACCAAAUACUACUGGGGACACACUGUUGGUGGGAUCCCAGACAAACCUGUUGGCUUAUGAUGUCCAUGACAAUGCUGACAUAUUUUACAGAGAGGUGACAGAUGGAGCUAACGCCAUCGUGUUGGGGAAACUUGGGGACAUCCCCUCUCCUCUUGCUAUCAUUGGAGGGAACUGUGCCUUGCAAGGCUUUGACUAUCAGGGCAAUGACCACUUUUGGACGGUCACUGGAGAUAAUGUCAGGUCUCUGGUGCUCUGUGACUUCACUGGAGAUGGAAAAAACGAGCUCCUGGUGGGGUCUGAGGAUUUUGACAUCAGAGUGUUCAAAGAGGACGAACUUGUGUCAGAGAUGACGGAGAAUGAGACAGUAACGUCUUUGUGCCACAUGCACGGCAGCAGGUUUGGUUAUGCUCUGGCUAAUGGCACUGUCGGCGUGUACGACCGCGCUGCCCGCUACUGGAGAAUCAAGUCCAAGAAUCAUGCAAUGAGCAUCUUUGCAUUUGACUUGAAUGCCGAUGGGGUCGUGGAGCUCAUCACUGGUUGGUCCAAUGGAAAGAUUGACGCUCGCAGCGACCGCACUGGUGAGGUCAUCUUCAAAGACAACUUCUCUUCUUCUGUGGCUGGAGUAGUGGAGGGAGACUACAGGCUGGAUGGACAGAAACAGCUCAUCUGCACCUCCACAGAAGGAGAAGUUCGUGGUUAUCUGCCAGCCAGUAAAGACCUAAAAGGGAAUCUCAUGGACACGAGCGCCGAGCAGGACCUUGUUCGAGAGCUCAGCCAGCGCAGACAGAAUCUGCUGCUUGAGCUUCGCAACUACGAGGAGAAUGCCAAGGGUGUGUCAGAGACGCACAGUGGGAUGGGAGUCAUACCAGCCAACACUCAGCUCCAGACAGCGCUGUCAGUGAAAGCUGCUGCAGAGACCCAGAAGGCUCAUGUGGAGCUCAGCAUUUCAACACCAAAUGAGACGGUUAUCCGUGCAGUGCUCAUCUUUGCAGAAGGCAUCUUUGAGGGUGAGAGUCACGUCGUCCACCCCAGCGCUCAAAACCUGUCUGGUUGUGUCAGAGUCCCCAUUGUGCCCCCGAAGGACAUCCCAGUGGAUCUGCACAUCAAAGCCUUUGUUGGAGGGAGAACCAGCACUCAGUUCCACGUGUUUGAAAUCACUCGUCAGCUGCCUCGUUUCUCCAUGUACGACCUCGCCGUCGACUCGUCGGCUGCACAGCCCACAGGGAGGGUCGCCUUCAGCAUCAACGAUCGACAGCAGAGGGUGGACGAGUUCCAUUCUGUCCACCAGAAACUAACUGCAGCUAUGGCUGACCACUCCAACUACAUCAGAAACAUGCUGGUGCAAGCAGAGGACGCGCGCCUAAUGGGUGACAUGACAACUAUGAAGAAGCGCUACAGAGAGCUGUACGAUCUAAACCGGGAUCUAAUCAACGAGUACAAGAUCCGCUCAAACAACCACAAUGCUCUCCUGGCUUGUCUCAAGUCUGUCAACCAAGCCAUACAGCGAGCCGGCAGGCUCCGAGUGGGUAAGCCCAAGAACCAAGUGAUCUCCGCCUGUCGAGACGCCAUCAAAAGCAAUAACGUCAACGCGCUUUUCAGGAUCAUGAGGGCUGGCACCGCAUCCUCCUGAGAGCGGGAGGAUGAGGGACGCGGGAGCGGACUAGAGGAGUUUACAGUCAGCACGUGUAAUAACUGUAAUGAGGCCGGCGAGUGCGUUUGGAGCAAGAACAACAGGAGACAGAGACACUGAAGCGGCCUUAAUCCACGACUCAGUUUUAAGCAACAGCUUCUUGAAAUUGGAAUCCAGCCAACACAAAUAUAAUGGUGACCUCAGACUUUGUGCAAAACUGUCAUCGUUAGUCGGGCUGAUUGGGCUUCAGCGAGUGCACUGGAGUUUCCCUGCAUCACUAACCUGCGUGAGCAGCCAUUUACUCACUUUAGUCAGAAGUUAAGACAAACAGAAGGACUCGAGUACGACGCCAAUUUCACGGUGACCUGUCGCAGACGGUCUGAGACAACGAGUGCGCCGGUUUCAUUCAGCUGACCGUAAAGUCACCGGUGGCGUGGACCUUCACGCUCGGCUCUUAGCUGCUGCGUGUUCGUGUGGCAUUUGUAGCCAAAGAAAACUGUCUAACUUGUUUACUUUUUGUAGACUGUAUUCAGAAAGUGCACAUGUAACUUUGUGUUUGUGGAACAAUUGUUAUUAAAUUACAUUUUAAACAUU